UGGUGGGAGGCGAAGAUGCCGGAGCUUCGGUUGCCGUGCUGGGCUGGAAAGGGGGGCGAAGGAGUCGGCGCCUCAUUCUCAGCCGCUAGGAUGAGCUUGAUGGGCGGGGGCCGCGAAUACAAAUGGCUUGUAUCUGAAAACAUGCGGCACCGAUAUUUGCUACUGGUUAUAUUUGGAUGGAUAUUCUUCACAUUGCUGUUUGUUCUACUUCUCAAAGAUAAAGAAAGUAGGGCAGAAUAUGGUACUAAACCUCUAAUAUUUGAUGAAACUGUGACAACAUACAUUAAGAAACUAAAGCUUCAAGAAGAAUCUUUACAAGCAGAUGACCAGCCCACCAGAAGUCUGUGGAAGGAAGUGGAUUCACACUGGGAUGCAGUACAUGCUGAACGAUUAAGCCUUCUUGAGAAUGUGUGUAGAAAUACUUCUAUAAGGAAUCUGACCCAUUCUUCUAUCACACAUUUUGUCUUGGACCGUAUAUUUGUGUGUGAUAAACAUAAAAUCCUAUUCUGUCAAACUCCAAAAGUUGGCAAUACACAGUGGAAGAAAGUUCUUAUUGUUUUAAACGGAGAAUUUAAGUCCAUUGAAGACAUCCCUGAGCCUUUGAUCCAUAAUCACGAAAAGAAUGGCCUACCUCGCUUAUCAUCAUACAGUGCCCCCGAAGUAACAAAAAGAUUGAAUACGUACUUCAAAUUCUUCAUUGUUAGGGAUCCAUUCGAAAGGCUUAUUUCUGCAUUCAAAGACAAGUUUCUAAAGAAUCCUCGAUUUGAGCCAUGGUAUAAAUUUAAAAUUGCUCCAGCAAUUAUUCAAAAGUAUAGGAGGAAUCGAACAGAGACUAAAGGACUCCAAUUUGAUGAUUUUAUUCGCUACUUGGGUGAUCCUAACCACAAGUGGCUUGAUGUUAAAAUAGGAGAACCCAUUAUCCAUUGGGCUACUUAUGUUGAGCUUUGUGCACCUUGUGAAAUCAAGUAUGAUAUCAUAGGACAUCAUGAAACACUGGAAAAAGAUGCUCCAUACAUCAUAAAGAAAGCAGGAAUAAAUAAUUUGGUGUCCUAUCCCCAAAUCCCACCUGGUAUUACAAAGUACAAUAGAACUAAGGUUGAGCAAUAUUUUGCUGGAAUCAGCAAGCGAGAUAUAAAACGUCUUGCUGCUCGUUUCCAAGGAGAUUUCAAACUUUUUGGUUAUGCAGAGCCUGAUUUUUUGCUAAAUUGACAUACCUAAGUAUUGUACCUGCUCUGUGGUAGUACAGUGCAUAUUUAUAUUUCUUUAGGUUUUUUUUGUCAUAAUUUAAUUUUAUCACCAGCAGAGGUCAAUGGAAUCUCUUAGUUUAAUCCAUGCAUGUUUGCAGGCACAACAUGAUUUUUAGAAGUAGGUAAGUAAUUAGUUUGAUGCACGGAACCCAACAGAACAACAUUAUAUGCCGCUAAAAUUUAAUGGAAGUAUUUCCAUAGACAAAAACAGUAAUUGUCAAUUCAAUUGAUCAGUUGUAAAAUACUUCUGUACUGAUCCCAAUGCUGUAUUGUUUGUCACUUUUCAGUCACAAAUAUUAAACAAAUAUCUUAAUUAAAAUUAGAUGUAAAUAUUGCUGCUUAGAAACUCUUAAUACAAAAGAUAAGCAUAAUUUGAACAUUUAAAUUUGUAAUAUUCAUUUGCAAAUACAUCCAACUGUCAGUUUUAUUAAUUGAUCCAUUUUGUGAACUUGUUUCAAUUCUUUCCACCUUCAAUUAGCUCCAUUCACUAAUCAUAGGCAGGGACUAAACUAAUUUAGGGAGUCAGAAGAUUAUUUUGAUUUUGUUGCAAUUUAGUUCCCCUCCACCCAUGAAAUACCCUGUAUAUGUAGUGAUGAUAUUGAUACAACCUGCUCAAACAUGCAGCAAACAAUUCUGAAAUAAUUAAACAAUACUGGAGCAUCAGCUAACCUGAUCCACUAAGCUACUGUUAAUUCAGAACUUUUAAGUUCACGAACUGAUAAAUGUACUAUACAAUUAUAAAGAUUAACUUUACAAAAUGGAUUUUUAUUUUAUAAAGCUAUUUAAGAGUACUUGAAUUUCUGUGCAUCACAAUUCCAAUAUGCUAGCUCAUCUUUAUUAAACAACCAUUUGAGUAACUGUCUACAAAUGCAUUAAAGUGGUUCCAUAAAUUGCAUACAGAAUUUUGGUUUAACCUCUCAAAUGACAGGGUAUAGCAUUUUUCUUCUGAAAGUGCAUUAUUUUUGUAUCCAUAAAGUAACAUGUUAAAAUACAUGAUUGUAUCAAACUUUCUGUGACAGAAACUGCUAACCCAUCCCGUUAACUUUGAGUCUCUUCAUCCGUGUUUCAGUGUUUGAGCUGCCUUCUUUCAUUUGCCACUUUCUGAAGUCUACUUCAGUAAUUCUAGCAAGUCUUGCAUCUUCUAUCUGCCAUCUUCCACUUUCCAAAAACUUAAACUCAAUUAAACUCUACUACAAAUUUCUUGCCCCAAAUCAAAAACAAUUCGGUCAUCACCUUUCUCCAAUUUAAAAUUAAAUUCUCAUUUUCUGUUCAAAUACAUUUGAUUUCAACUUUUCUUAAUUGUCUGAUAUUUGUGCCUUUUGUUCUACAAUUGAAUGCAUUAGCUAGAUACUGAGGUUUGUAUAUAAACUUUAUCUUUCUUUAGUCCAAGAAAAUUAGCCUCAGUAUCCAAGCCUUUGAUUAAUGUACUUGACAGAAUUCCCAUUAAAUUGUUUCAAAUACAAGCAAUUUUUGUUAUAAAGUGAAGGUUUGUUCUGUUGAAGUAACCUAAAGAAGAUGGGGAUACGCUAGACGUGUUCAGGGACUCAUUAGAAAUGUUCAAGUUUUAAGUCAAGACUUCCUGUUGGAUAUUAUUUGUACAUUAAGUUGCAUAUUAUUUGUGCAUUGACAGAAAUAAUUUCAAUAUUUGGAUUUAAUUGCAUUGUAUUUAAACAUAUUUUUGAUGUUAAGUACAGGUAUUAGUCUUCCAGAAUUUUCUUAAUGCAACAUGUCAAAAGUGACAUUCACACAGAAAACUAUGUUAGUAUUCAAGAUUUUGAUGAAUCAGACUGAGAUAAUUAUCUGGAGUGGAAAAUUAUAAAAUAAAAAAUGAAAGCUAUAACUCUAAUUCUGAAAAUAUUCAAAAAGAAAAAAUUUAAAGAUGCUGGAAACAUUCAGUAGGGCAUGAUUUUGCUAUCCAUCAUGCAUAUUGUAUUGACUAUUACUGCUCCUUUGGUUGCCACCUUGCUCCUAUCUGUGGAAUAAUUAUUUCCGUCCUUUUAUUCAAGUUUGAUGUGAAACAACUUUUGAAUGAAUAGAGAGAUCAGUGAAAACCUUCAAAAAGUUUGAACUUGAUCCAUUUAGUAAUGUGCACAGGUGCUUUGGUGCUUAUUCUAUAAUCAACUUUAAGUAGCAAAUAAACAUUAGACAAGAUUUAUGAAAUAUAGUUUCUCCAAUAACCAAUUUUAUACUACCAAAUGCAAAUAUUGAAUAAUUGAGGCUAUAUAUGGUACUUAAGAUUUUAGUCCUUAGCUCCUGUAAAAUUUAUGACAGUUAAAGAUCCUGUUACUGUAGGGUAUUCACAUUUGCAUUCAUUUCAAAAAUAUACCUGAUCAAAGGAAUGUAUUUCUUAUCUGAAUUGUUUUCUGUACAUGUGAUGUAUUAAUUUUUUCUUCAUUUAGUUGGUUCUUCUUUAUACAAGUUCUGGAUUAAACAUUUUGGAACACCUGUCUGGUUUAAUGCUAAUUAUUCAUUCCAUUAGUUAUUGCACUAAUUCUUCUGAUUUGAUUGUAAUUCUCAAUUUUGAGAUUUAGUACUGUCUAAUAAAUGCCUACUGAAACUUGGUCUAUGACUUAAUCUGAU